UUUCUAAUGUCAUUCGUCUGUUAUUCACUCAUAUUGUCGUAAAGAAAAUCUUUGUGUUUUUCGCGGCGGUACACUCGUGAAGCGGAAAAAUUUCGCCUCUGAAAAAAGUGUAUUAUUGUGUAUUAGGAGUGGUACGAUACACAUUUUAAGAAAUGGUGAAUAAUGAGGUUGGCUUCCUAGUUGAAAUAAAGCUGUGAUGAUAAGAAACUCGUAUUCUGCGUUCAAGAGUUGCGGUAGAUGCGAUUUAUUAACAUAAAAUAAGAGUAAACAGGUCUUACUGCCGUAUAAUGGAUGCCAAAACUCCACUUCGACUACUUUUUAUAGGUAAUCUUUUGAGGAUUUGCAACCCAACGACCGUAAUUAACAUAGGUGCGAUAUUUCAAGAAGGGAACCCCGAAACGGAGGUUGCUUUUAGGUUUGCAAUCUCCAGGGUGAACAUGUACUCGGGUGAAUAUCAACUUCAACCGCUCAUUCGACGAAUUUCAGGAAAAGACAGUUUCGCUACUGGACAAACAGUGUGCGAGUUAGUUGGAAAAGGAGUAGCAGCGAUAUUCGGCCCCGACACCGCCAGCACAAAUGAAAUUAUCGAGUCCGUCGCAAAGAAUCUCGAAAUUCCGCAAUUUCAAGUGUUCUGGAACCCGAAAGUGGAACAAUUUUCCGCUGAAAAUGAAUACAAAGAUAAUUUAAUAUUCAAUCUAUUUCCCGACCCUCAUAUGUUAGCAACAGCUUUUGCCACCCUCUUAAACGAAAUGAAAUGGAAGAAAUAUGCCGUUCUGUACGAAACUGACGAAGGUUUGAUUAGGCUGCAAGAAAUUCUCAAACAGCACGGACCGCAAGAUCCAUCCGUUAUCGUUAGGAAGUUGGCAGCCGGAUCUGAUCAUAGGCCGCUGCUGAAGGAGAUUAAAGCUUCCUCGGUAUAUCAAAUCGUACUGGAUUGUGAGAGCGACCAUAUAUUUGACAUUUUAGAGCAGGCCAGGGAAGUAAAACUCAUGGAAGAAUAUUACAGCUAUAUUCUUACUUCUUUGGACACCCAUUCAAUUGACUUGGGAAGGCUGAAAGCCGCGAAAAGUAACAUUACUAGCUUGCGACUCAUAGACCCGAAUACAACUGAAAUCCGAAUGGUGGCGCAAGAUUGGGAAUUGGGGCAACUAAGCCACAACAACCAGCAUAUUACCGUUCCCCCGGAAUCUAUAAGGACGAACGCCGCUCUCAUAUACGACGCUUUGAACUUGUUCAUUACCAUCUUCGCCGAGUUAGAUGUCUCGCAAAGAAUACAAGUGAAACCCCUGAACUGCCAAGGAAGCGAAAUUUCAGAUCACGGACUAAGCAUGUCAGCUUUCAUACGAAUAAGACCCUUAACUAAAGGCCGUAUGAUUGGUCCACUUACCGGCCCUUUAGAAUUUGAUAACUUAGGACGGCGUAGAGUAUUUGCAUUGCAAAUUAUCGAACGUUCGCCGCAACAUCAUCGAGUUGUGGGAGUGUGGAGCUCGAAGGACGCCAAAAGCAUCAAUUACACGAUUAGCAGUAAACAAAUUAAACAGGAAAUUAAAACGCAGGUACAAAUGAAGACGUAUCGAGUGAAAUCGAGAUUGCAAGAGCCCUACUUACGAAUUAGAAAACCUGUUCCUGGUACCAUACUUAAGGGAAAUAAUAUCUUUGAAGGAUAUGUUAAGGACCUACUCGACGGAAUUACAGAAAUACUGAAUGCGUCAUAUGAACUUUCCUUAGUUGAAGAUGGUUAUCAUGGGAAUUAUGACCCUAAGAAACGCGAAUGGAAUGGACUAAUUAAAGAAAUUUUGGAAAGGAGAGCUGAUCUUGCCGUUUGUGAUCUAACGAUCACGUAUGAGAGGAAGAAGGUAGUGGAUUUCUCGAUGCCCUUUAUGACUCUUGGUAUAAGCAUACUUCAUUCGAAAGCCCGAAGAGAACCCCCAGCACUAUUAUCAUUUAUGAAUCCCCUAUCUUUGGAUGUUUGGUUAUAUAUGGCAACUGCAUACUUGGGAAUAUCGAUAAUAAUUUUCCUUGUCGCAAGAUUAGCCCCAGGCGACUGGGAAAAUCCACACCCGUGCAAUCAAGAACCGAAACAUCUAGAAAACGUUUGGGGAUUGAAGAAUUGUUUCUGGCUUACUAUGGGUUCUAUUAUGAAUCAAGGAUGCGACAUUCUACCAAAGGGUAUAUCAACGAGAAUGGUGACGGGAAUGUGGUGGUUUUUCUCCCUUAUUAUAACCGCUUCGUAUACCGCUAACAUGGCCGCCUUCUUAACUAUGGAACGUAUGGGUCCCACUAUAGAAAGCGCGGAGGAUUUAGCAACCCAAUCGAAAAUACGAUACGGAAUGAUGGAAAAGGGCGCUACAGAAACGUUUUUUAAGGAAUCUAACGUAUCGCUAUAUAUGCGAAUGUGGGCACAGAUGCAGCAAGAUGUACCAAGUCCUUUCGAAAGAACUAACUCGGACGGUGUUAAAAGAGUUCGUGCAAGUAAAGGACUUUUCGCUUUUCUAAUGGAAAGUACGUCGUUGGAGUUUGAAAGAAACAGACAUUGCGAUUUGAAGGAAGUCGGUCGUUGGCUUGACAUUAAGGGAUAUGGAAUCGCCAUGCCAGUUAAUUCAAUUUAUAGAACCGAGGUAAGCGGCGCUGUGUUGAAAAUGCAGGAAUUGGGAAAAUUGCACGAACUAAAAGAGAAAUGGUGGAAAGGAAAAUGCGAGAAAGAAAGUUUAGAAACUGAAUCAGCCGCUAGAUUGGGCCUUUCAAAUGUCGGCGGAGUAUUCGUUGUUCUCGUGGGUGGGAUGAUAAGCGCUCUCUCGGUAGCACUUCUUGAGUUUCUAUGGAACGUGAAGAAAACGGCGGUGCAGCAUCACUUAACACUACGUGAAGCUUUUGUUAUGGAGCUUAAGUUCGCAGUUAAUUUUAAAAUUAGAGAAAAAGUUGUCCAUAAAUCCGGCGGAUCUGGAAGCGAGUCUUUUUCUUAGUUCGAAACCAAACACUGAAUGUCUAAAUGAAGCCAAACUUAAAAUGUGUGUUUUUAUUAUCUAUUGUCUGAUUCAAGUGUACAUUUUAAAUAAAAAUAUAGGUUAUGCUUAUGACA